ACAGGACUGCUCUCUGAGCAGCUAUCCAUCGAGCGUUGAGUAUGAAGACAUCGCGCGCUCGUUCGAUCGCGUCAUUGACGUCGACGUCGACCGGCAGCUGCCUCUUCGUCCGAGCCGACGUAUCUGAUGGGCCCAGGUCUGCGGCUGCUCAGUGGUCGCUUCAUAACACGAUUAGCAGAGGAUGCGCCCCGAGAGAUCGGAAGACUACGCUGCGCUGGCUGCCAGCAGGCUCUGAUUCAGCAAUCUCGCGAUUUCUCUCAGCAUCGGAACACAAGGCAUCAGGAACUUCUAGAAGCCUUGACAUCAGUGCAAAGACGGGACAAAUCACUUGCUGCUCGCCGUGUUAUUCUCGGAAGACGGUUCUCGCAUUUAAGUCGGUCAGGCGACGAGAAUGCGCCUGGGGGAGGAGGCCCUUCUGCGCAAGAUAGGGACAAAACCGGCUCGGUGCAGCACGAGCAAGCAGGAAGAGCUGCUACUGAGCUCUCGCAGGACGUAGCAACGCCAAAGACGCCCGAGUCGAUCGCGCCUAGCUCUUCACAAGUCCCAGAUGCAGCGGUAGCUAGUGCAGCCGCCAGAACCUCAGAUGCAAAGCCAGAGAGCGUCUCAUCGCCGAGCAGCGUAGAGGAAGUGUCUGCCAAGACUCUCAAAGCACAGAGAGAUCAGGACAUUGCCAUUGUCAAGAAACUACUGCCCAACAUCUGGCCAAAAGACAGUAGAGGAGCAAAGAUGCGCGUCCUCAUCGCGCUGUCGCUGCUCGUGGGCGGCAAGUUGCUGAAUGUCCAAGUACCGUUUUAUUUCAAAAGCAUCGUCGAUUCGCUCAAUAUACCCAUAGAAUCCUUAGCGCCAGACCAGACGGCCUGGGCAAUAGCAGGCACAGCGAUCGUCGGAUACGGGCUAGCGAGGAUCUUCUCCACCAUUUUCAGCGAGCUCCGUAAUGCCGUCUUUGCCAACGUGGCACAAGGUGCUAUUCGCCGAGUUGCGCGCAAUGUCUUUACGCAUCUGCUUCACCUCGAUGUCGCCUUUCACUUGACGCGUCAGACGGGCGGUCUAACUCGAGCCAUUGAUCGUGGGACAAAAGGCAUCUCGUUUCUGCUCACUUCGAUGGUCUUCCAUGUCGUUCCGACUGCACUCGAGAUCUCGCUCGUCUGUGGCAUCUUGAGCUACAAGUUCGGUAUUGACUUUGCGGCUGUCACCUUUGUGACUAUGGCCGGCUAUGCUUGGUUCACGCUCAAGACGACGAGCUGGCGGACGAACUUUCGCAAAGAAGCUAACAAGGCAGACAACAAGGCAGCCACAGUCUCCGUCGAUUCGCUCAUCAACUAUGAGGCUGUCAAGUACUUCAACAACGAGAAGCAUGAGAUCGACAAGUAUGACGCUGCCAUGAAAGACUACGAGACUGCGUCUGUCAAGAUUGCGACAUCUCUUGCAUUUCUCAAUUCGGGACAAGGCGUCAUAUUCUCAGGGGCGCUGACUCUCAUGAUGUGGCUCGCUGCCAAGGGUGUCGUCAACGGCAACAUGACGGUUGGUGAUCUAGUCAUGGUCAAUCAGCUCGUCUUUCAGCUCAGUCUGCCUCUCAACUUUCUCGGCACGGUCUACCGCGAGCUACGUCAAAGCUUGAUCGAUAUGGAGACACUCUUCAAUCUCGAGUCUGUCGGGUUGACCAUCAAGGAUGUGCCAAAUGCAAAGCUGCUUAGACUGGCAGGUGGAGAGAUCCGCUUCGAGAAUGUCCAAUUUGGCUAUCGCCCAGAUCGAGACAUCUUCAAGAAUGUAUCUUUCACCAUACCUGCCGGUAAGAAGGUCGCCAUCGUCGGUCCGUCCGGCUGCGGCAAGUCGACUGUCUUCCGUCUGCUGUUUCGCUUGUACGAACCUGGUGCGGGCCGUAUCACAAUUGAUGGACAAGACAUUACCAAAGUCACGCUCGAGAGCUUGCGGCGGUCAAUUGGCGUAGUGCCACAGGAUACGCCACUCUUCCAUUCGGAUAUCAUGCACAACAUCCGCUAUGGCAAUUUGGAAGCGACAGAUGACGAGGUCAAGGCGGCAGCACGCAAGGCGCACGUUUGGGAUACGGUCGAACGAUUGCCCGACAAGUGGGCGACUAAGGUGGGCGAAAGAGGAUUGAUGAUCUCUGGCGGCGAGAAGCAGCGGCUUGCAGUAGCGCGUCUGCUGCUCAAGGAUCCACCGAUCCUAUUCUUCGAUGAAGCAACUUCCUCACUCGAUACCUACUCUGAGAAUGAGAUUAUGCGCAAUAUCAAUGCUUCUCUUCUUGCCGAUCGAAGGACCAGCGUCUUUGUGGCGCACCGUCUCAAGACUGUCGUUGAUUCAGAUCUGAUCAUCGUAUUGCGCGAUGGCGAGGUAGUCGAGCAGGGCAACCACCAAGAUCUCAUGCAGCAGAAUGGCGUUUACCAGGAUAUGUGGCAUUCGCAGCAGUCGAUGGACGAUGUCCAAACCCCUCCUCUGACACAGCCAAGUGCGCAAGCAAGCACAUAGACUGCAUAGAUGAUCGUACAGACUGCGUGAAGUUUUGCGUGAGAUUAGAGCUUCGAUUUCGACAUGACAUUUGGCAAGGGCUCAUAGCUUCUUUUGAAAAGCUCGUCCAUGGGUACAUUGCCAGAAUGAGAUUGCAGGGCAGAUACAUCGACCAUGUCGCGCGUGACAUCUGAUAUGCUUGGUGAUCCGAGCAGUCGCAUGUUCAUGGUCAUCUCAUCCUUGAGAAUCUGGAUCGCCUUGACGACGCCAUCAGGUCCGUAGGCACUGUACGCAUAUAGGAAGGGACGACCGAUACCGACACCCUUUGCGCCGAGUGCGACUGCCUUGAGUACAUCGCUUGCUCGCCUGACACCGCCAUCUAUGUAGACUUCGAAAGUCGGCUUCACCAGAUUGCGCUUGCGAAGCUCUGUCAUGACUUCCUCGAGUACUUCGAUACCACUCCUUGCAAAGUCGAGCUGACGUCCACCGUGGUUCGACAAGACAACG